AUGUUACUUCUACCCAAGAGCAAACGAAGACGAAAUGCCUUUUUCCCAUUAUGGUUAAUUACCACCGUUCUUCUUCUUAUCAUGAUGAGUGUUCUGAUGUCUGUAAUCUACUUUGUACCGGAAAAUAUUUCUCAUAUUCGUCAUUCAAAACUUUUUAUUGUAGCUGCGGUGAUGAUAGUGGAGAUAAUUCUUGUUGUUUUGAUCCUUCAAUAUAUGGUGGCGGAGCGAGUAACGGCUCUUGCGGUGUUGUUAACAGAAGAUGUACUUGUCGUUGCGGGGGAUCCCGUUAGUUUUGAGCGACUCAGUCGUCAUCCAGUAAUAGGCGUGGGUGAAAUUAGUCGAUUGCAGGUGGCGAUUGAACAACUUUUCUUUGGUAUUUCAGAGGAAUUACAACAUCGGGGGAUUAUUCCUAAUAUUAGUUACGGUGCGGGGGCUACUGGGGGAAAAAUAAAUAUGAAUCAAUGGUAUGAAACUACAAUAAAAGCAGCAGGAGGAGGAACUCCUCCAAUAUCAACAACAAUAGGAGGAGGAUUGGGUGGUGGUGAUGAUUAUGAUGAACCAAGUUGUGAAUAUUACUCAUUAAAUAAAUAUUUACAAAGUCAAAGUUAUGGUUAUAAAAAGUUUAGUAUGAGUUCUAUUCUUAAAUCUAAAUCUGAGACGAGUAGGUGGAAUUUUGGUUUUUUAAAUCGUCUAUUCGGUAAAUCAGAUCCACAUCUUUCAGCAUCAGGACAAACACCAACAGAUGCGGAUUUUCAAAGUCUCUGUUCUUCUUCAGGAAAUGAUAUGGGAUUUUUCUCUGGAGCACACACACAUAUAUCAAGGCGAACGAGUGCAGCUGAGACUAGUAGUAAUAGUAGUAAUAGUGCUGCUGUUGCUGCUGCUAUUAUUAAUAAUAAUGACAAUAAUAAUAUUAAUACUACUGAGAUGCUUCAUGUUUCCGAUGAUGAGAGAGGUAAGAGGAACAAAUAUGAUAUACAUGAUAUGGGAACACAGGGAAAUGAGAAUGAUCAUAACACAGUAAUGUUAACUCCCCUCUCUGCAUGUGAACGUCUUGCAUGUGAUCCACUGGAUGAUAACAGCAAUAAUCAUUUUGAAGUGUUGGCAAAAUCACUUCGUCUUGAAGGUGCUAUUAUUAUUCAGGUACUGAAAUCUUUAAGAGUUGGACGUUCUCUUAGUUCUGUUACACUACCAGUACAUAUUUUAGAAAGUCGUUCUCUUUUAGAAUUACUUUCGGAUAUGUUUGUCUCUUGGGAUUUACUCUUACCUCUUGCCGUGUGUAAUGAAAAUGUUAUCCAUCCUGUAGAUCGCAUGCGAGUAAUGUUGCGUUGGUUUCUCGCUGCAUAUCACUGGCGACCCAAAGGAAUCUCUAAGAAACCAUAUAAUCCUAUUCUAGGUGAAGUAUUUCUUUGUAAAUGUCCUGCGCCUAUGCCUGAAAAUAUUAUACCAAGUGAGUAUUCCUCUGAAUGCACAACCAUAGCAAAGGAUAAAAAUAAUAGUAAUAAUAAUAAUAAUAAUCCUUCUGUACAAUAUGUGAAGAGUUCGUUGGGAUGUAUGCGUUUUAUUGCGGAACAGGUUUGUCAUCGUCCACCUGUGAGUGUUUUUUACGCUGAAGUUCCAGGCAUUAUUAUCGUAAAAGGGGUAUUUAUCCCACAAAGCAAAUUAGUUUCCAUCAAUUGUGCAGCGAGUAUUAGUUGUUCUUCUAUACAUGUUAGUUUUCCCCAAACUGGAUAUUCCUAUAAUUGUUCUUUACCAAAUGUCUACGCCUCUGGCGUUGUUGCCGGCACCCCACGCCUUGAACUUGGCGGAACCUCACAAUUAAAAGAUUGUCAUUCCUCCACUAAUGCGACGUUAAAGUUUCUCCGUAAAGGAUUCUUCGGCGGGAAAUAUGAUGAAGUGGUGGCCACCAUCACCACAGAGGAUGGGAUGUCUGCGGCGGAGGAGUACGCAGGGGUCUGGCACGGGGCGGUGUACCCCACACACCCAACCAACACCAUCCCCGGAAGAGAGAGGGACAAUGUACGUGAAAAAAUAAUAAUACCAACAACAACGGCGAGAGUUCCACUCUUUGAUGCGGAUAUUUUUCAGAGAACUCGCGGGAUGUGUUGCCGUCGCCCGCACGCCUGUCCGGUGGAUGGUGGACACCCCAAACAAAGUCGGGCGGUGUGGAAAGAUGUCACGAUGGCAAUUCGCCGUGGAGAUGUCGAGGCCGCAGCCCGUGCGAAGUUCCUCGUGGAAGAGGCCCAACGCGCAGAACGGCGUCAAAUGGCGGAAGAAGAACGACAACACCAACCGCAGUUUUUUCGUUUUGUUGGGAAUGGGCAUAUUGGACCUGGGAAUGAGGCGGAGUUGGGAAAACAGGAAUGUUGGGAAUUCACAGGACGGGAGUUGUUAUUUCGUUAG